GUUUCAUUUGGUAUCGAUUUCCUGUUUUAAUUUUGCCAUGUGAUAUUAUUUAUUUGAACAAAAAAAAUAUAUAUAUUUUAGUGUAAUAACAGACGACCAUUUCAUUUUAUUGUCAGUUAUGUCUUCAUACAAAAAUGCCAGCAAAUCAAGACAGAAGACGCACAAGGAACGAUCACAGCCUCAAGAUCGUGCACAUCUGGGUUUCUUACAGAAGAAAAAAGAUUACAAAGCUCGUGCAGAAGAUUAUCAAAAGAAACAAAACACUUUGAAAGUAUUGAAACGAAAAGCACUAAACAGAAAUCCCGAUGAGUUCUACUUCAACAUGGUUAAAACGCAGAAAGUGGAUGGAGUGCACAAACUGAAGGAGACCACAGAGCCUAAAUUCACAGAAACCCAGCUAAAGAUGAUGGAAUCACAGGACUUACGAUACGUUAACUUUAAGAGAACUACAGAACACAGGAAAAUUGAGAAAUUAAAGUCCACCUUACAUUUGAUUGAUGCUGAAGACAAACCUAAAAAUAAACACACAAUAUUUGUUGACUCUGAAAAAGAAGUGAAAGAGUUUGAUCCAGCCAAAUACUUUGACACUCACCCCGCUUUACUGUCUCGAUCUUACAACAGACCAACGUGGAAAAUGCUCAAAGAGAAGGAAUUCUUUUCACAGAUUGAUGAUGAUACAGUUGAGCAACUUGGUGAAGAAAGACAGAAGAGAUACAAGGAGUUGACAAAAAGAAUAGAAAGAGAGAAACAGUUGAAAAUUAUUGGUGAAAAAAUGGAGACCAAAAAACAUUUGAUGGAUAGAAAAGCCAAGAAAGAAAAAUUGGCUGAUGAAACAAAAGAAUCAGCUGCUCAGUACGUUUGGGCUUACAAACGAAAGAAAUGACGACAUCAUCAUUAGCUUGAAAUGACCGACUUUUCAGUUCACAAUGUCUAUAUUUCACUAAAUUAUAAUGAGAUCUGCAUGCAGAAAUUGCAUAUGAAAAGAUCUUAGAUAAAAGGUUUCAUAGUGGUGGUGAAGUUUUUUCAUCCCUGUAACAGAUUUCGACAUAGAGGUACAGGUGAAGCCUUCCAUUAUCUAUGAUGGUAUGACCAUAAGUUCUCUAACUGUAGAUAAAUAGACCAUUUUCCAAUACUUUUACUAAGCUGAGCAUUUACCAGUCAUAACAAGAGAUGUAUAAUAUGGUAAUUACUGGAGUAACUUCUCAAGCUCUACAAGCUCAUUACAUCAAAUCACCUGUGAAAGUUAGCAAAUGACCUACUUUUAUGUUUUGUUGCUAAUAAAUGUGUUUACAACAUA